AUUAGGAAAGAUCGAAACUUUUUGGAUUCCCUGAAAGAUGGGUAACGCUCUUACGUUUCUCUACGGAAAAUGCUGCAAACCCACAACGACCGAAGACUCUCUCGGUCCUCACGGCAUCUCCGCCGCCACCGUCGGUGUUUCAGCUCUAGCUCACGACCUUUUCAACUUCGAGAUCACUUCCCAGCUUCCUGAAGGGCUUGGGAGGUAUGUUCAGUCGUCUAGAAAAGCUCAAGCAAACUGGUAUAGAAAAAUACUUGAGGCAUGGAAGCAAGCAAAACCUCCACCACAGACAGCAGAGGAAGCUUCUAGGCUUGUCAUUGAGAUCUUAAAAAGGAAUCAGAAAGCUGAUGUUGAGGGACUUUUGUCUUUCUAUGGUCUCCCUUGGUCUCAUACUCUAGUUGAAGUCUCUGUUGAAGCUCCUGUGUCUUCUUUGCCUGAAGGGGUUCUUUUCGAAUUUCAGACACUUCCGGUGGAUCCAAAAGCUGUGGCAGAUGGAGACACCAUCACAGUGUAUGUCCGUGCUUCAGAGCCGGUAGUGUCAUCUUAUGUUCCAAGGGAAGUCAAUCUUGCAGCGGUUCAAAGAGCAAAAGCACGUGAGAAGAGGAAUUACCCAAAAGCAGACGAACUUCACCAAAAGAUCAUUGAUUCUGGUUACAGGGUACUAAAUAUUGAUAAUGAGGAAGUGCUUGCUCGGAAGUUCAGAAUUAGACUAAGGGGAAUAGAUGCACCAGAAAGCCAAAUGCCAUUUGGGAAAGAGGCACAACAAGGGCUCCUUAAGAUUGUUGGAAGGAAAAGCUUGAAAGUGUUAGUUUAUGGAGAAGAUCAAUAUGGGCGAUGCGUAGCUGAUUUAUACUGCAAUGGGAUUUUUGUCCAGGAGGCAAUGCUAAAGAAAGGGCUUGCUUGGCAUUACGUAGCUUAUGACAAGCGCCCGGUUCUCGCAAAGUGGGAAAAGGAGGCACGACAGAAGCGUAUUGGCUUGUGGGCUUCUUCAAAUCCAGAGAAGCCAUGGGACUGGAGAAAGAAUAAUAGGCGUGAGUAGUCAAGCUACUCUGUUUGGACGAAAACACCAACGCAGUAAUCAGCGUUUAAAACAAUUAAGGUUUGUGAUUGUUGAGGGUUUUUCUACAAUUCCUCAAUCCCGUUCUGUUGUAAGAUGUGUGUAAAUGGUGUGUGUGCAUUCAUCCUAUGUUUGAUGAGACAUGUCACAAAACCAAGUAGAGAUAUUAUAGAUGAAAAUAAGUAAUUGAGUACUCU